AUGGUCCUACGAUUUCCCACCCCACACAUCGGCUCAUCCAUUUUCUUUUUAAUUUUCUGGGUAUUUCACUACGGGUUCGCUUCUUUCGUCGAAUUCCCGCCGUACAAGCCGAGCGAGCAGUAUAAAUGCGGCGCCUUCUUGCGUGGACGGGUCGACGAUCGGGCACUUUCGCUGUACUACAGCGGCAUACGACAAUUUGUUGAUUGGGUGUCGCAGCCGUUUCCGCAUCGGGAAUUGCUUUCGAACGAUGCUCUCCGCGGUGACUUCAAGGAGUGGCGUGACUCACUGGAGAACCGUUCCCUUCAGUGGUUUUCGUGGCAACAAUGGUGGUUGACGGUAGCCGGAGGACUUCUACUGCUCUCCGUCCUCUUCCCGAUCAUCUACAUUUUGUACAGAUGUUGUCUCUGUUGUUGCGAAGAUGACGAGAAGAAGACGACCACCGACUCUCAGUACGACGGGGGCAAGCGGAAUUUUUUGAACAUUUGCAUCGCCGUGCUGAUCGUCAUUAAUGUCUUCGCUGCCGCUACCCUCCUCGUUACAUCCCAGUACGCAGAGUACGGACUUGACGAACUGCCGAACCGGUUGAACCAGUGCGUCGACGACCUCAACCUGUAUAAACGCGAGACUGACUUGAAAAUCCGCAAGUUGCUGAUCGACGACUUCAACCUGGUGUCCAACUCGCUGAUGCAACAAAUUGCUCACGCCGGGCAUGCCGUAGUUGAUCGGGUCAAGCGGGCAACUGGUGCUCAUGCCAUUGAUGUAUUCUUGAACAUCACACAAGGUGCCUCCGACGUGCGCUUCAUCCUCUCCGAAGUCACCCAACAGACUCGAGAACUCAAUGAAGCCGCCGGGCAGUUUGCUGUAGAGUUCGGACGGUUGCGGAAAACAGCCGAGAACGAGAUUGCUCAAUGUACACAUACAGAAACCGAUGCCCUGAAGACGAUGUGCCUCCAGGCGCAGCGACUUUUGGACAACAUCAGUAGCAUCAAAUUUGAGAUUAGUGAGGAAUUCCUGAUGGGCGAAAACGUAAAGGCCUUGACACGGGUAGCCAACGCCGAGGUGACGACACUUCUCGAGCAGUCCAACCAGCAGUUUGUCGCACUUG